CAACACUUGGUGGCCGUAGAACCGCGCUGUACAGCGAUUCUUUCAGCAGCGUGGUGUCAAGUUUUCGUUCUGUGCAAAAAUGUCCGAGCUUGUUGAACAGGACCCUCCCUCGAAACAAUCGCUCAGGUUAUGCGAUCGAAUCUCGAAGAGCUUUCCUAGCGUCACAGAACGCUAUUACAAGCCACGAUUUCUUUUUGAUGCAAAUGGAAAGAAAGGACACGAUCAGUGUGCAUUGUUCCACUCAAACAGAAUUGUGCUUGUUACACUGGCUCCGUCUCACCCCAUUAUAAGAGAGAAGAAGACGGUCACAAAGGUUGAUUAUCAAGUAAAUGAGAAAUUAAAUCGCCUCAACAAUCAAGUGUCUGGGAAAUGGAAGAAGGGUGGCCAGAAACUACAAAAGGAAUCUGCAUUAUGUAUCGUUACCUGCUCAGAUGGAGAGAUCUAUACAAUAACAAGCACAGUUCCUGGCAGCCUAAUAGAAGUUAAUGACCAUCUGACCACUUCACCAGAGCUUUUGACUGAAAAGCCAUGGUCAUCUGGCUACAUUGCCAUUGUUCUGCCUCCGCUAAAGUUGGACACAGUGCUGCUGGACACUAUGACAUCGCCCGAAGCUUAUGUGGCAGCCAGGAGAGAGUUGAUACCCAUGUGCUACAUCUCGGAUGAAGAAAUGUUUGUUCACCAACAAUCGCCGCUUAUUAUGGAGGACGCUUAAAGGAAUUCUUUGUGUAAGGUUUUGCUCUAUUUAUGUGCUGCAGUUAUGCUUCCUUGUAUUGCGCGUAGUGGAACUAAUAAAGCGUCAUUCCUUUUUC